AAUUUCUCCAAUAGAGUUUAUUUUUUAUAAGGGUGCUGUGACAACAUGGAAAUGGAAACAUACAAUCUAACAAGUGUCUCUGAAUUCCAACUUAUGGGCUUCUCAGAAGAUCCAGCGCUGCAGUCCAUCCUCUUUGGACUGUUCCUGACCAUGUACCUGGUAACCGUGUGUGGGAACCUGCUCAUCAUCCUGGCUGUUAUUUAUGACUCCCACUUCCACACCCCCAUGUACUUCUUCCUCUCUAACCUGUCCUUGGCUGACAUCUGUUUCAUCUCCACGACAGUCCCAAAGAUGAUUGCGGAAAUCCAAACUCACAGCACAGUCAUCUCCUACUUGGGCUGCCUGAUGCAGAUGAAUCUCUUCAUCAUCUUCAUGUGCAUGGAUGACAUGCUUCUGACUGUGAUGGCCUAUGAUCGAUUUGUGGCCAUCUGCCACCCCCUGCACUAUGCAGUGAUUAUGAACCCCCGUCUCUGCACCUUACUAAUAUUGAUGUCUAUCUGUUUUAGCCUUUUGGCUUCCCAAGUGCACAAUUUCCUUGCCUUACAACUUACUUGCUUCAAGGAUGUCAAAAUUGCUAAUUUCUUCUGUCACCCUUCCCAACUUCUUACCCUUUCGUGUUCGGAUACAUUAAUCAAAAAUAUUGUCACAUAUUUUGCUGGUGUUGUAUUUGGCUUUAUUCCUAUGGCAGGAAUCCUUUUGUCAUACUUUAAAAUUGUGUCCAGCAUUCUGAGAAUCCCAUCUUCUGGUGGGAGGUACAAAGCAUUUUCUACCUGUAGUUCUCACCUCUCAGUUGUUUGCCUAUUUUAUGGAACAGGCCUGGCCGUGUACCUCAGUUCAGCAGUGUCAUAUUCCCCCAGGAAGUGCAUGGCAGCCUCACUGAUGUACACUGUGGUCACACCUAUGCUGAAUCCAUUCAUCUACAGCCUGAGGAAUAGAGACUUCAGUCACUUUCUGAAGAGGCUUCAUUGUGGGACAGUCUAA